CCUCCGGCCGGACUCCCUCGGCGAAGCCGGUGACGCCAGCACGAGCCGACAGUGAGACGAUGCGCUGCCUGACCUGCUUCCUGCUGGCGUGGGCCGCGGCGGCGGCGGUACCCCGGCGGCCAGACCCUGAGAUCCUCCAUCGACGCCGAGCAGAGGCAGCCAACGCGCAGAUCCUGCAGCAGCAGACGGUCAAGACGGAGGAUGGCAGCUACAGCCUAUCAUUCCGGACAGACAACGGGAUCGUGCAGAAGGAGACGGGCACAUCUUUCCCGGGCACGCUGCCCGAAUCAGGGACCUACGUCAAGGAGGGCGUCAUCGAAUACGUCUUGGACGACGGCACUCCCAUCACGCUGUUGUACGUGGCCGACGAGAACGGGUUCGAGAUCCUGAACCCGGACGCGCUACAACAGGUGCUGCCCACGCCGCCGCCCACCGAGUACCCGCUGCCCAAGGUGCCGGGUGCUGGCAUGCCCGUGCCCGAGCCGCUGCCCCAAUUCAACGUCGGCCUCUUCCGGGUGGGCGGCACCGUGUCGCCGCAGGAACGGCUGUAGCGGGCGGACCGGGCCACGGCAGGCUCCGGGGCGCCGCGAGGGAGCCGCCGGCACCGACAGCAGACGACGGGUUCGCAGCGACGGCGACCCGGCGUCGCCGCCGCGGACGCUCUGGGCUCGUCGCGAAGGGCGCCCCUUUGAUGCGGCCAGUGCACCGCCUCGGAGAAGCCCCGAAGCGACCUCUGAAGAUGGCGCAUCUGCCGCGCCGGCCUCGGCCGGUGCUGCUGGGCUGUGGCUGGUGAACAGGGCCGAUUCAGCUGCACUCAAUGGCGCGGACAGAUCCACCGUUCGGUAACAUGUGCCCAUACGUCUGCAUCUAGAUCAUAGCACGUGAACGACCGUUGAUCUAAAAGGCCUCUCCCAAUAUCUGUCACCUAAGAAAUCUGCGGGAUGUCUCACUGUCCAGUCGCCGGGCAGACACUCGGGCCAGGUUGCCUAUCGGGGCCCUAGCCGAUCAUCAGCUGGAUCCUGGACUGCCAUCGCCAAACGGCGUUUCGGAAUGGAUGCAUUUUUGUGUUGUUUUGUUCGAGUUACAGGUCUUUCGGUCUGGGCGCGCCAUCUCGGAGCUAUGUGAUCAAAGAGGCGCGUAUUGAGUAGCGCGGCAGCUGCCCUGCCCACGUGCCUCACGCCAACCACCCAGGAAACCCCACCAUACAGACGGCGGGGUCCGCCCGAACAGGGGCGAGGAUGAGGCGCGGUGGUCCAGGGUCAUGAUCUAGACAGUGACUGUAGUAAAUAUGUGCUGCGUGGUAUGCAAGGAUGUGGAAGCUUGCGUGAAGAGGAUGACAGGAAAGAUAUGUGAAUUCAGAAGAAGAUGUGCUUUCCGACGCCAAGCUGGUCCUGAACCGUGACGGCGUUAUAAAUCUACCUUAUUGAAGCUACCAAUGUCUGGCUAAAUGACGUGCGUGAUGUGGGUAUAAACCGCGUCUUGCGAAGUCAUGUUCAUGUGAGGUGUGCUGGCCUUGGAUGCCCCAAGAAUGUCAACCGAUGUACAGACACGAUGCGCACUGAUGGUAGGCCUUUCCGUUUUGCGACUGUCAUCGAAUGAUGUUUUCUGUUUGAUAGUUGGUGCCAUUUUCAUUUCAAACACCACCUGAAAAGUACGAAAUAAAAAAAUAUCCAGCAUGA